GCGCCGGGCGGAGGCGAAGGGCGGCGGAAGGCGAGGCAGCGGGAGAGGAGACGCCGGACGGAGCCUCCUGUGCGCCCGCAGCAGACCCCGACGCGAAGCAUGGCCGUGGCGGUGGGCAGACCCGCGAAUGACGACCUUCGAAAUCUCGCCUUGUCAGGCCACGUCGGCUUCGACAGCCUCCCAGAUCAGCUGGUCAACAGGUCAACCUCGCAAGGUUUCUGCUUCAACAUCCUUUGUGUCGGGGAAACCGGCAUUGGCAAAUCAACCCUCAUGGACACGCUGUUCAACACGAAGUUCGAAAGCGACGCGGCCACCCACAAGGAGCCAGGUGUACGGUUGAAAGCCAGGAGUUACGAGCUCCAGGAGAGCAACGUCCGUCUCAAGCUGACAAUUGUCGAUACGGUGGGAUUUGGAGACCAGAUCAAUAAGGACGACAGCUACAAGCCCAUUGUGGAAUACAUAGAUGCACAGUUCGAGGCCUACCUGCAGGAAGAGCUGAAGAUCAAGCGGUCCCUGUUUAAUUAUCACGACACCAGGAUCCACGCGUGCCUGUAUUUCAUUUCCCCAACUGGGCACUCGCUGAAAUCCCUUGAUCUGGUCACCAUGAAGAAGCUCGACAGCAAGGUGAAUAUCAUCCCGAUAAUAGCCAAGGCGGACACCAUUGCCAAGAACGAGUUGCAUAAAUUCAAAAGCAAAAUCAUGAGCGAGUUGGUGAGCAACGGAGUCCAGAUUUACCAGUUUCCAACUGACGAGGAAACAGUAGCUGAGAUUAACGCCACAAUGAGCGUCCAUCUCCCAUUUGCCGUGGUUGGCAGCACCGAAGAAGUGAAGAUUGGCAAUAAAAUGGCCAAAGCUAGACAAUAUCCAUGGGGAGUGGUCCAAGUUGAAAAUGAAAACCACUGUGAUUUUGUAAAGUUGCGCGAAAUGCUCAUCAGAGUAAACAUGGAAGACCUGAGAGAGCAGACUCACAGCCGACAUUACGAGCUCUACCGCCGGUGCAAACUGGAAGAGAUGGGAUUUAAAGACACAGAUCCCGACAGCAAACCAUUCAGCCUGCAAGAAACCUACGAAGCCAAGAGAAAUGAAUUUCUGGGUGAACUACAGAAGAAAGAAGAGGAAAUGAGGCAGAUGUUUGUCAUGAGAGUGAAGGAGAAGGAAGCAGAGCUGAAGGAAGCAGAAAAAGAUCUUCACGAGAAGUUUGACCAUCUAAAGCGGACUCACCAAGAGGAGAAGAAGAAGGUAGAAGACAAGAAGAAGGAGCUGGAGGAGGAGCUGAACAACUUCCAGAAAAAGAAAGCCGCGGCCCAGCUAUUACAAUCACAGGGUCAACAGGCCAGCUCUCAGCCCACCAAGAAGGACAAGGACAAGAAAAAUUCAAGCUUCACAUAAAGGCUGCCAAGUCAAAGGAUGUUCCUGCAUUCCCCUGCUUUUGCAGUAAUGUGUUUCGGCCAUCUUAUAUCUCUUUCUUUUAAACACGAAUCCUUCCGAUCAGUAUUAGUAUUAAGGGGGCGGGUGGGUGAAGCAGGAGUCCUCCUCUUCCUCCCCCUCCUCCUCUUUGUCUUUCUUCUUCCUUCUCCUCCUCCUCUU